AUGUUGCACAGUCGCAAAAAAGACAAGGAAAGCGAUGAGGCUAAUAGAGCAACAACAUCAAACGCUCACAAUUAUGUCCCGAAUUUUAAUGACUUGGAAGAUUCUGAAUUGGAUGAAAUAAUAAAGAAAAUAUUGAUGGAUAACAUUAAACAAAAAAAUGUUGAGGAAACAAUGCAGGCUCUUGAUCGAAGAAUGAAAAUUCAUUUGUGUCAACAACAAUAUCGUCUUCAACGAGAUGAUUUUGGAAAACAGGAGGGUCCCUCUUUUUACUGUGAACGAAUGAAAAAAGCGCUUGAAUCAAAAGAUGAUUUUAAAGAAUUGUUGCAAAGCUUGGGAGUUAUUUUAAGUACUCAAAAUUAUCCUUGGGUUGAAGAGUUUGGAAGAGAGGGAGGUUUUCAACUUUUAGUUUCAAUGAUGUCCAAAUUAUUGGUCAAAAUUGAACGUUUAAAAAGUGAAACAGAUUUGGGUACUACUGCUGCAGAUGAUUAUGUUUUUUGUUUAAAUAAAAUAUUGGAAAUAUCUAGAGCUUGUCUUAAUUGUGAUGUUGGUAUUCAUUUCCUUCUUCGCCCAAAUUCUCGUCUUUGCAGUAAAAUGAUUGAAGCGCUCUAUGUGGCUAUUGACUUAAAAUCUGAAAGAUCACACAAUAUUCCCAGCGACGUAAAACCGGAAAAACCACACAAUCUGCCGAUAUGUGAUCAAUUAAUUGUGUCUAUAUUAACACUUUUGGCAGUAAUUUCUUUUAUGGGAAAAGAUGAUGGAUUUGGACAAUCUGAAAUAUCAGGAAAUUCUCUCCUUAUAAAAGACAUGACAACAGUUGCAGAAAAGAAAAAUUUCAAUUCUCGUUUUGCUUGUAUUGUUAGAUGUUUACAUUUUAAAGAUAAACAAAUUACGUACAAAGCUUUGGUUUUUAUCAACACUUUAUUGUCAUGUAUUGAUGACAAUGAUUGGAGUGUUCGUAUGUUGUGGAGAAAUGAAUUGAUGUCUGCAGGAUUGAAACCUUUACUUCCGAGUAUUCGAAAAAUAGCAGAAAAAGAAAAUGAAACUAUUGGAUUGGCAUUUACUUCAUUCGAAAAUGAAUUGAAAGCUGAUUAUGAUGAACUGCUCAAUCGUUUUGAAAAUUUAAAAGGAGAUGUUAGCGAUGUUUCUGAUUGUACAAAUAUGCUAAUUGCAUCAUGUAAAAAUACAGAUUGUGAAUUCAUUCUUCAAGAAAUUUUUCUUCGUUUGCUUUUGGUUAAUGAUAGAAAAUAUAAAAGAGAAGUCUAUCUAAAAAUGUUUUUACUGUGUGUAUCAGAAAUUGCAUUUGGUGAUAUGGGUUAUGGACCGAAUUCAAAACAAUUCAAUUUUAGUAUUCCAAUAGAUGAUACUUUGGAAAAAAUUGAAAAUCAAUCAAACGAGCAACUCAAUAAACGACUUGAAUCAGCUAUACAGGACAAACAAGAAGCUUUUUCUGUUCAACUUCAAUAUUAUAAAAAAAUACAGGAAUAUCAAGAAGAGACUAGUAUGCUGAGAAAAUAUUUAAAAAACAAGGGUGACGCAGGAAAUGUUGUUCUUCCACCUGAAACAGUUUUUAAUUUGCCUGCUCCAUCAGAAUUAACAUUAUCAGAAUUGGAGAGAUUUCCUAAACCUAAAAGUGUCCAACCAUCAAAUUCUUCUUCAAUGCCUCCGCCACCACCGCCACCCCCUCCGCUUCCUCCAAAUUUGUUGAAAAAGGGGGGAGGAGGAGCUGGAGGUCCUGGGCCACCAGCACCGCCGCCACCACCACCAAAUUUAUUGUCAAAAUUUGGAAAAACUGCUCCUGGUGGUGGUCCACCUCCACCGCCAACACAGCUUUUGCAUAAUGUAGUUGAGAUACCUGAAUAUUUGAGGAAGAAAAAGGAAAAAAUUGCAGAAAUUCCGAUGAGAAAAAUCCCGUGGAAUGCAGCUAUUAUUAAACCAACCAACUUAAAUAAAGAAUCUCUUUGGGCGCAAAUCGAUGAGGAUGAAAUUGCUACUGAUGAUGUUUUUGAUUUUUUAAAAAUGAAGUAUUCUGCAACUAAUAAAAGUAGCACGACAUUAGCAAAUGAUACAACCAAAAAACAUUCAAAAAUGAAGAUUCCACUUAUUAUUCAAGAUCAAAAACAGUUACAAACACUGGCAAUUCUCCAAGGCUCAUGUAAAUUAAGCUUUAAAGAAUGGUAUAAUGCUUUGAUGGAAUUGAAUGAAACUGUGUUACAUUCCGAACUUGUUGGACAAUUAAGAAAUGCUUUACCUUCAACAGACAUUUUGAAUAGAUUAAAGGAUUGUUCGGAGGCAGAAAUGCAAAAUAUGCCUGAAGGAGAACAGUUUAUUGCAACUUUAUCAAAAAUUAAACAUUUACCAAUACGUUUGGAAGCUAUACAGCUUUGGCUUUCAUGGUCUGAUCAAUUUUCUGAACUCAAAUGUGGAGUAACAACAAUUGCGGAGGCGUGUGAGGAAAUAAUAAAAUCUCAUGGCUUAAAGAAUUUUAUAAAUCUUGUUUUACUUGCUGGAAAUUUUAUGGGAAGAGUAAAGAGUUCUGGUGCAGCAUUUGCUUUUGAAUUAGGAGCAUUAAAUAAGUUGGUAGAUACAAAAGAUUGUGAAAAUUCUGAAACACUCUUGCAUGGUCUAAUAUUUUUAUUUCAUAAAAAAUUUGAUGGAAAAUUUGACAAAUUUGUUGUUGAUGAUUUUCAUCAUGUUUCUAAAGCUUGUAAAAUUGAUUAUUUGGAUUUGGAAAAGUCUAUGAAUUUAUUGAAGAAUUCUGUUAAAAAGAUUUCAACACAUCUGGUAACUUACCAAAAACAAAUUGCUAAUGAUUGUUUUCAGUCAAAAAUAAGUAUUUUUGUGGAAACGGCACAAAAGGAUUUAUUUGUUAUUGAUUCGCUUUGGGAACAUAUGACAUUAAAAUGGAAAUCACUUGUAACGUAUUUAUGUUUUGAUCCGAAAAAAUAUCCAAUGGAAAGACUUUUUGGCGAUUUAAAUAAUUUUGUGUGUCAAUAUCAGAAUGCUUGGACACAAGUAUCAAAAUCUUUGUAUAAAAAAUCUGAAGGAGGACGUAAAGAAGCUAGUUCCAAAAUUGAUAAAAGAAGAAAACCUCUUCAUCAAAUUCAACCAGAAAUGGCUAAUGAAGUGGCUAAAAAAGCUAGGGAAAGAAUGAAAAGUAAUUUGAAUCAAAGUAUGGAUGGUGGGGGAGGAGGAGGUGUUAUUGAUAGAAUUGAACAAAUGCUUGUUGAAGGAAAAUAUAGGCCAGAUUUACCUGAAGGAGCACAGAGGAGGUAUAGAGUAAGAAGGAAAGGACAGCCAACAGUACAGGUUUUUUUUUGCAAAUUUUUUUUUAAUAUUUUUGGGACGAGGGGGGGGGAGGAAUUAAAAGGUUAA